AUGGUAAAGUUACCGAUGGAGCCCACGUACGACGAGGCCACGCAGUCGUUCAUUAAUGUCGGCCCGCAGCUCGGAUGCCAGCCGCUGGAGGGAACGCCUAUGUCCAUCGGCCACACCACCGUCAAGGGCUACGUGGAGGAGGUCUUCAACAUGAAGCACGACGAGAUCUGGGCGAACUUCGGCUGCGUCUUCGUGUUCCUGGCCGUCUUCCGCGUGCUGUCGCUGCUGGCGAUCCGAUACGUCAACCACCAGAAGAGGUGA